AUGGAAUCUUGUCCUUUUCUAUCACGCUUCAUUGUGCAGGAGCGCAAUGUCGCGAGUUCGUGGUUCGAAGAGAUUGCGGCAGAGAGCGGCGGGUCCCUAAUCGGCAGCGAGCACGGCGCCUGGAUCGACAUCCAGGGAAAGGUUUACUAUGUAACCUGCAAGUGCGGGGCGACGGGUAGCGCAGGCGGGAACGAGCAGCGUGCGGGUUUCGCGACGGAUACAGAGCGGCGCGAUGCCAGUGAGACGCGUGCGGAAGAAGAGGAAGAUCAAGACAUGCCUGACGCGCCGAGCGCGUCGGGCUCGGAUUACGGCGGUGGUGCUGAUCCCGACAUCGGAGACCCCAUGGAUAUUGAUAAUGAACCAACAGAAAUAGAAUCAGUCUCUAACAGAACCGAGCAAUUGAGCAGUGCCCCUCAUCAACCUUGCUCCCAUGAGGAUGUCCAAGUGGUGGAGACAUCUGAAGAUGUCAAGAUGGGCAAUAGUGACUGGUAA